UUUUUAAUACUCACUACUACAACAAACUGUCUACCACCUCCUACCGCUCGCAGAUAACUACGUUUAUUUUACGUUGCGUAGUUAAAAGUUGUAUGGGUACUAUACCUACGCUCAACGCUGAUUGCCAAGUGCCCAAGUGGUCACUGGUCGAACUGGACAGUUGUCAGUACUCAGUACUCAGUGGAGAGUAUGUCAGUGACGAACGACGAACGACGUUGACGGAAAUAACAUUCCACUGCGCAGCUCCGCGGACAGCACGCAUAACAAACAUAAUAUAUUUAUGUGUACAAUGUUCAUAAUUUAAUACACACGCACAUUGGUAUACAACAGAACAGACUAUUAUCAUAUUUAUUGCAUAAUCGUGUCGUGAUCGUUAUUAUUCUAAUUCGUGUUUACUGCGACGCACGCAGUCUAUUGUUUUCGUAUCAAACUUGCAUUUCACCUGCCUACGAAAAAGUACAACAAAUUGUGUUUCAGUUGGACGCGAGUCGUAUUGGCGCGUGCAGUCGAGUUCCUAUCCUAAUUGUCGCUGGUCACGCGCAUUGCAACGCGAUCAUGGCGACCAGGAAGAAGGUUUUACUGAAAGUGAUCAUAUUGGGUGAUUCGAGCGUGGGUAAGACGUCGCUGAUGAACCAGUACGUCAACAAAAAGUUCACCAACCAGUACAAGGCAACCAUCGGCGCCGAUUUUCUGACCAAAGAGGUGAUGGUCGACGAUCGGAUCGUCACAAUGCAGAUAUGGGAUACAGCCGGUCAAGAACGUUUCCAGUCAUUAGGAGUGGCAUUUUAUCGUGGUGCUGAUUGUUGUGUAUUAGUAUUUGAUGUAACAUCACCAGGAUCUUUCAAAUCUUUGGAUGGAUGGCGGGAUGAGUUUCUAAUACAAGCAUCACCAUCAGAUCCUGAUCAUUUCCCUUUUGUGGUCCUAGGCAACAAAGUCGAUUUAGAUAAUCGAGCUGUGUCCACUAAAAGGGCUCAGCAAUGGUGCCAGAGCAAGAAUGGUUUACCAUACUUUGAAACAUCUGCUAAGGAAGCAGUCAAUGUUGAACAAGCUUUCAAAACGAUAGCACGAAAUGCAUUAGCUCAAGAAUCAGAUGUAGAGCUAUAUAAUGAAUUUCCAGAUCAAAUAAAGUUGGACGGCGGUUCUACAGACAACAGAUCCUCGGGCAGUGAUAAUUGUGCUUGCUAAUGAUAAUCAAUUAUUACAUUUCCUGGAAUAUUGCUGUCUAUUAUCAACAAACAUACUCCUUGGCUGAGUUUCUAACAAGAUUCAAAGUUAUUAUCUUGAGUAUAUUAUAUGUAUAAAUUAAUGAAAAAAGAACAUUAUAUAAACGUGGAGAUAGUCUAUUAUUUAAUAUUUGAAUUUAAGUUAUAAAUAUAUAUUUCAUUUGUUUCUACUUAUAUGUAUGGUCACAUUAUACCCUAAUAUUAUUUUUA